AUGGCACCACAGGACGAAACGCAGUCGGUAUUAAAAGGAGCGAUUACAAUUUCUCAAAUCAACGCCGAUGAAAUAACAUUCCUUGCCAAUCGCUUUUGGGCACCGGACACAUCCGCUAGUCACGAGCCGUUCAGUCCUCGAAUAAUAGAGGAUAUUUAUCGUAAGGAGAUAUGUGACGCUCGGCAUUCGUUGCGACGAAUUAUGAUGCUGGAAUUUAGCCAGUACCUGGAAAACUACCUGUGGCCCAACUUUUCGGGUGAAAAAUCAACUCGUGCUCAUCUGAUGUCGAUAGUGGCGAUGGUGAAUGAAAAAUUUCGCGAAAAAGUGGAAGUGUGGAAAGUGUUUGAAAAGAAUAGUGAGCGUUUUGGUGAAUUUUUCCAGCGCGUGUUGGAAGCGUGCGUCGAAGAGGGCUCUAUAACGUCGCCCAUCAUGCGGGAACAAACGGCACUUCUGGUGUUUCUGAACCACUGCUUCAACAGCAUGGAAGUGGAGAUAUGCCGCAACCAGGCGAAGCGGCUCGUAUCGCUGGCCAUGUGGAGCUGCCUGCAACCGAAACGACGUGAGCAGGAGCUGAAUCAAAUACCCGAGUGGCGCAAGUUUUGGAAAAAGCUGCAGAAACGCGAGAACUCGGAAAGGAAAGCCACGCUGAGUUGGGAGCGCCAUUUUUUGCAGAAUUUAAUGAUUAAAUUCAUACGCAUUCUCGAAAGCAUUCCGAUAGAGGGGCCAGUCUGUGAAGAAACGGUGCGUUACUGUGAAAGGUUCAUAGAGUUUCUGAUCGAUUUGGAAGCGUUGUUACCUACCAGACGCUUUUUCAACACCGUUAUGGAUGAUUGUCACGUUGUUGUGCGCUGUUCCAUUUCGUCGCUUGUUUGUCGAGAAGAAGGAAAUUUGUUCGCCCAGCUCUUAGAUAUGCUGAAGUUUUACGCCCGGUUCGAAAUAAACGAUGAAACUGGGGAUCCCUUGACCGACCACGACAUGACGCAGCUACACUACGCUAAGAUCAAGUCCCUACAGAAGGCGGCCUUCGCCAAAUUUCCCAGCCUGCGGCUGUUCGCGCUCUCAAACGUGGCCACGGUCGAUACACGCGAGUCACUCGAGAAACACUUUGGGGCGCUGGAUUGCGACAGUCUGCGAGAGAUCGCACGCUACCUCAACCUGAUCCCACACGAGCUGAAGUCUCCGUUCGAGUGGCAUCGCGUGGAUGAACCGUUUCUGCGCGAGUUGCUCAUCUCCCGGCACGAACGGCGCGUGUCUCAGCUGGAGUCCCUCAACGAGAUGCCACUCUACCCGACCGAGGACGUCAUCUGGAACGAGAAUGUCGUCCCGACUGAGUUCUACUCCGGGGAGGGUUGUCUGGCGCUUCCGAAGCUGAACCUGCAGUUCCUAACCCUGCAUGAUUACUUGCUGCGGAACUUCAACCUGUUCCGGCUUGAGUCUACCUAUGAGAUCCGGCAGGACAUUGAGGACGCCGUCAGCCGCAUGUUGCCCUGGAAGUCUGAGGACGGUGACGUGGUGUUCGGCGGAUGGGCACGGAUGGCGCUUCCGAUCCAAUCCUUCGCCGUGGUCGAGGUGUCCAAGCCACAUAUCGGCGAAAAGAAGCCUUCCCGCGUCCGGGCCGAUGUCAGCGUGACACUGAACGUACGCAAGGAGGUACAGGAAGAGUGGGAGAACCUGCGCAAACACGACGUCUGCUUUCUGGUGACAGUGCGGCCAACGCAACCGAUCGGCACUAAGUACGACUACCGGGCGCAUUUCGUGCCACAGGUCGGGCUGGUGCACGUGCGAGGAUGCGAGAUCGAGGGCAUGUUGGAUGCAAACGGACGUGUCAUCGAGGAGGGUAUCGAACAACGGCCGCAGUUAGCUGGUGAACAACGGACGUUCCGGGUUUGGCUCGAUUCGAACCAGUACCGGCUGGAUAUGGAUGGGGCGACGUUGGCACAGGACGCUUCCGGCCAGGAGGACGUGUACGAGGGCUUCAACAUCAUUAUGCGCCGUAAACCGAAGGAGAACAACUUCAAGGCGGUGCUGGAGACGAUCCGCCAUCUCAUGAAUACUGAGUGCGUGGUGCCACCCUGGUUGCACGACAUCCUGCUUGGGUAUGGUGACCCUGGGGCGGCUCACUACAGCUGUAUGGCUGAGCAGGCGCGUGUGCUUGAGUUUAACGACACGUUUCUGGACUAUGGACAUGUGGCCGGGAGUUUCCCGGCUUAUGAAGUGGUGCCAGUGGAGCAGGAUGCAUCCACCACAAACCUGCAGCCACCGUUCCGGUUGACGUUCGAGGAUGUCCCCGAGCCAGAGGGGGGUAACGAGCGGUCGCUGUCGAAGCGUAUCCGGGUAGAACCGUACCGAGUGCCACGCCGUGGCCCGUACAAGUACAACGAACCGAAGAAGAAUGCGAUCCGAUUCACACCGACGCAGAUCGAGGCGAUCCGGGCUGGAAUGCAACCGGGACUGACGUUGGUGGUGGGUCCUCCCGGUACUGGCAAGACGGAUGUAGCUGUCCAGAUCAUCUCGAACUUGUACCACAAUCACCCGCAACAGCGCACGCUGAUCGUAACGCACUCCAAUCAGGCGCUAAAUCAACUGUUCGAGAAGAUCAUGGCGCUUGACAUCGACGAGCGGCACCUGUUGCGUCUUGGCCACGGUGAGGAGUCACUCGAGACGGAGAAGGAUUACAGCCGGUACGGGCGCGUUAACUACGUACUGUCGAAGCGUAUCGAUCUGCUGGGGCAGGUGCAACGGUUGCAGGAGUCCCUCGGAGUCACUGGAGACGUGGCGUACACGUGCGAGACGGCGGGACACUUCUACCUGUACCACGUGGUGGCCCGAUGGGAGAAGUUCCUGAGCGAGUUCGAGCGGACCGAGGAUGGAUUGAGCGAACAGACACCGGCGGAGCAGUUCGAGCGACACUUCCCGUUCGUGCGGUUCUUCCGAGACGCACCACAACCCCUGUUCAGUGGGACGACACACGCCGAGAACAUGGACAUCGCACACAGCUGCUUCCGGUACGUGUCGCAUCUGUUCGCCGAGCUGGAGGAGUUCCGAGCGUUCGAGUUGCUGCGUAGCGGACUAGAUCGCUCCAAGUACCUGCUCGUGAAGGAGGCGAAGAUCAUCGCGAUGACGUGCACACACGCGGCCCUCAAGCGGAAGGAACUGGUCACGAUGGGUUUCAAGUACGACAACAUCCUGAUGGAGGAAGCCGCUCAGAUACUCGAGAUCGAGACGUUCAUUCCGCUGCUCCUGCAGAACCCGAUGGACGGGUACAACCGGUUGAAGCGGUGGAUCAUGAUCGGUGAUCACCAUCAGCUGCCGCCGGUGAUCAAAAACAUGGCGUUCCAGAAGUACUCCAACAUGGAGCAGUCACUGUUCACGCGUCUUGUCCGGUUGGGCGUACCGACGAUCGACCUGGAUGGGCAGGGUCGUGCUCGAUCUAGCAUCUGCGAGCUGUACAAGUGGCGGUACGGUCGGUUGGGUGAUCUCGAUCACGUGCACCAGUGGCCGGAGUAUCGCCGGGGUAACGCCGGAUUCGCGUUCGAGUACCAGCUCGUGAAUGUGGAGGACUUUAACGGGGUGGGUGAAACGGAACCGAACCCAUACUUCUAUCAGAAUCUCGCCGAGGCCGAGUACGUGGUGGCGGUGUUCAUGUACAUGCGCUUGCUGGGCUACCCGGCGGAAAAGAUCUCCAUCCUGACGACGUACAACGGGCAGAAGCACCUGAUCCGGGACGUGAUCGAGUCGCGAUGCACCGCCAAUCCGAUGUUCGGUAAACCGCACAAAGUCACGACAGUGGACAAGUACCAGGGCCAGCAGAACGACUACAUUCUGUUGUCGCUUGUGCGCACCAAAACCAUCGGUCAUAUUCGGGACGUGCGGCGUCUCGUGGUGGCGAUGAGCCGUGCCCGUCUUGGGUUGUACAUCUUUGGGCGGGUGGCGUUGUUUAAGAACUGUGUCGAGUUGCAACCGGCCUUCCGGUUGCUGAUGAAUCGACCGCUUGAGUUGCAGCUGAGACCGGACGAAAAGUAUCCUGACGGCAAGAGUGUUGUCGUUGCGGAUGACGUACAUCCGGAACAGCAGGGUCAGGAAGCUGAAAGCAGCAAUUCGACCCAGAAAACGGUGAAGGACAUGACGGAGAUGGCGCAGUUCGUGUACCACAUGUACAUGCGCCAGGUGAACGUGAUCCGGGAGGAGAUGGAAAAAAUGAAAAGCCUGUUCGAGAAGCAGCGCAAGGAGCAGCAGCAGGAGAAGAUGGAGGAGCAGAUUAAAAUGGCCGAUGCGGAAGCUGAGGAAGCCGAAAGGCAGAAGCGGAUCGAGGCGGCAGCUAAGAAGUCUUUUACGGCGACACCAAUUCGGAACGAGAUAGCUGACGCGGGCGAACCGGUGGCAACACCGAGCGGACAAUCUCGGCGUGGCAAGAAAAGACCAGCUGCCGUAGAAGAGGAAGAACCGGAGAACCAGAGGCAGGAGCAGCAUGGGGACGAAGCUGAUACAACCGAGCAGACGGAUGAAUCCCAGGUGGAACAACCAAAGGUGGAUGAACAAGUGGAGGAACAGUCGAAGGAGUCACCGGCCGAAGAAAAGGAUACCCCCACCGAGGGUUAGGACAUGUGCUGUUGUAGGAUAUGCGUGCUUUUGGGUUGCAUUGUCGCCGGUGAACAAUUUGUAUGGAUAAAAUGUAUUCUUAAUUUGUAUCA